AUGGGUAAUGUGCUGAAAAGAAAUCAUACUAAGACAUCUCUUCUCAAUCAUUCAUUAUCACAUGGUUUGUAUAAGAAGAAAAGCAAAUCAUUUUCUAAGCUUAAUGAAACGAAAGCAGUAAAUUUGGAGGAAAACAAAGAUGUGGAAGAAACGAAUUCAUGGACAACGACAAUUGGUACCCGAUCAGCCUUUAGUGUGAGCUAUCCAACUGAUGAUAAUGAACGAAGUGUUGAUGAAGAAAGUACUACAAGCCAGGAUGAUUGUAUUCUUUCUAGCAGUAAUUACAAUAGAAGGUCAUCGACAACAAACGAUAGUAUUUCAAAUACGUCUUCAGAUUUUUCAUCAUUCAAAAAUUUAAGUGAAAUAUCAAAACAUACGAUAAUGCAUCCACGGCCCGAAGACAUCGAAUGGAUGAAAGAUGUCCGGCAGUACCACGAGCACGAACCUGUUUUCCGUAAAAAACCCUUCAAAGCAGCGUUAAAGAUACGACGGCGCAGGAUAUUUCCACGGCUGAAGUGGUGUCGUCUUUAUCAUCAGUGGGCAUUAAGACAAACUCCAAAAGCUUACAAGGGAAGAGAUGUAUUGAAUCCAUACAUUAAUCGAGCAUUAGAUGUUGACUUGAAGUCAUCCGAUUUAGAACAUGGUAUAUUUUAUCUGAAAUGUACCAAUUGCUAA